UUUUCGAAAUGGCGUGCGUUUGUUUCUGAUGUCACUGUUACUGUUAUUAUUGCCACGGUGUUCGCUUUAAAACCGAUGUAAAGUUUUCUCGAUAACAUAUCAGGGACUCUUUUGCGAGGACAUCGAUGGCGUCCAACAAUCCAGCAAAUCGCGUCGGUGGAGACUUCGCUCCUCCUAAAAGACCCAAUUUUGGAUCUGUGGGAAAGACGAUCGCUCUAAGAACAAACUUUUUUCAAGUUCGACUUCCCAAAGGAGACAUUCACCAUUAUGAUCUUAGCAUAUCGCCCGACAAAUGCCCGAGACGGGUGAACCGCGAUGUCGUGGAAGCCAUGGUUAGCACUUAUCACAAAGUUUUUGGAGGACAAAGACCUGUGUUUGAUGGAAGGAAGAAUCUCUACAGCAGUAAAGCACUACCGAUCGGUCGAAAACCAAUUGAUUUUGAGGUGACACUUCCAACUGAAAACAGCAAAGACAAGACAUUCAAAGUAAGUUAGAAUCAUUGUUAG